AUGCACAGAAAGUCCGACCGACGUGUCUGGAAGGCGUGUCUUGCUUGCCGGCGGAAGAAGGUAAAAUGUGACGGGGAGGAGCCAUGCCAUGGUUGCCAGUCGCGCAACCAGGAAUGCGAGUAUCCCAACGGUAACAAUAAUGCGGCGGCCAGCCGACGCGAUGCCAGCUCUUUGGACAAGCAUUACCGGAAUAUUGAGGCGUUGGGACUGCGGCUUGAGGGCCUCACCCAGACGCUAUCGGAAUGUAUCCUCGCUAUUCGCGACACCGACAACCGAACGGAAUUACCCCUUAACUCGGGCUCGAACUGUGACUCACGGUCAGAAUCAAGGACCAGAUCCCUCCCAACAGAAGAGGACAUGGAGACGCAGGAUGAUAUUCCUGGCACCCAUCACCUAGAUGCCCCGCCAACCCCCACAUCUUACAAAUCGCGGGAUCGUUUCGGGCAUAUGGUACCUGACUCGUAUGGGCGUUUGCGAUACCUUGGCGGUGCAGCCAAUAAUAUGGUUAUUGAGGCAGUGCAGGGGUUGUCACCGUCUCCAGGUCGCUCGCCCCAUUCAGCUCAAGCUUCGAUCCCCCAGGCCUCAAUCGAAAUGCCCUUCUUCCAACAUGGGCAGGUCUGGCUCGAGCUCCCCUAUCUGCCAUCGGCGAACGAACUGGCCCGUCCACCCCAGUAUGUAGCAGAUCUCCUUACUCGCUUCGUUUCCCAGUAUCGCGCCAUGACUGCGGGAAGUUCUGUAGAACGCCGUUUCCUCUCCGUCAUCUUUGCUGUUUGCGCCUGCGCCUCCGGGCUACUGCCACGCGAACCCGGAGCUGCGAGCCUGGUAGGCAUUGACUACUACCAAAAGGCUCUUCUGCUUUUCUGGGCCUCCAGCGGUGAGGUGUUUCUGGAGCAAGCCCAGUGUCUGGGCCUGCUGGCCGUGUGCUCUGCCGGCUGGAACAUUGUGGCCCAGAGCUGGCGUCUGGUAGGUCAGGCAGUCCGCAUCGCCCAGGAUUUGGGCCUCCAUAUCGCCAGCCUGAUAUUACUGAAGAAGGUUGCCCAUGUUUGCACUAGCGACCAUGAUGCCGACGCCCAAGUCGCCCAAAGGGUAUGGUGGACCCUGUUUACACUCGACUGCCUGACUUCCGUCUGCCUCGGUCGUCCCAUGGCCGCCAACCUAAAUGAUUGCUGCUGCGAGCUGCCCUCGGCCGACGGGGACAGCUCCCCCAUGGCUGGGUUCGUCGCCUUCACUCGCCUGUGUCGGAUAGCUGCCAAGGUGCACCGCCUGCACGGGUCGCCGCCAGUGCGAAGAGAGACAUGGACAGCGCGCUGGCAACAGCUGCGACCGGCCGUCGACCGGCUGGUUCAUGAAUUGGAGCAUUGGUUACAGCAGCUGCCGGAUGAGAUCCGAUUUUCCGCCAACCGGAUCCAGACGGGACCCAGUCUCACCAUGUGCUUUAUCGUCUUUAUCCUUCACUCAGCCAUCAUCAUGAAUUUGUAUCGGCCUCUUGUCGGUCAAACUCUGUCCACCCCCAUCGAUCCAAGUAGCGAGUGCAUCAGCGCGGCGCGGAGCUGCAUCCAGGCUGCAGAGUUAAUCCGCGAGCGGGUGGCUCCAUCCCAUCACCUCGCCUUCUGCGUGCAGUAUCUUACUAUUUGUGGUAUUCUGCUGUGGACCAUGGAAAACCCACAGAACGAUCAGCCGGCCGCGGGCCUCACUGACGUCUAUCAGGCGUUACAAUCCUUGAUCGAGCUGGAGUGCGUGUGGCCCUGCGCGAUUCGCGGCAGGGCGAUCGUGGAGCGGCUCUUGCAACAUCCCCGGGCACACGCGAGCGCUCAUCUUCCAUCUUUGCCCGUUCUAGAUGGGCUGUGGGAGCCCUUUUCACCAUCUACUGCGGACAUGGUUUUCAAUGGGCUUUAGCAGUGGUGUGCAAUAACCGCAUGUACCUUCGAAAUAAAUAUGCGCGAAUGCGACACGGUUGCCAAUUUCCGAGUAGACUUAGUGAGGGGCUACACUGAACAAGGCUGUUAUGGCCAUUACGCUCCGCCGC